GCAAAUUGCUUAGAGAUCAAAUGACUGAUUGAUAAGGUUCCUUUGACCCCACCCUCACUUUCUUUAAAUCCCAAGAAUACACUUUCCCAAGAAUACACUUUGUCUUUGACCUACAUUCGUCCCUCCCCUACACCACACACAGCAUUGUUCCCAUCAACCAUCAAUUCCGCUCCGAUCUAGGAUAGACCGACUCCGAUAACCGCGACACUCGGCAGAUUCUAUACGACAAUGACGGACCAAUUUGCAUUCUCCUAUCCAUCCCCGCUGGAGGGCUAUGAGAACCUCGAGCCGCUGUCUGAUGAGCGCAACGACGAUGGCAAGUCGAUUAAGAACCCCCAGCACGGGAUUCUCAGCAAAGCCUAUGAAGAGUUCCCCGAUCCAUUGGCCAAAGAUCGUCGCGGUGGUUUCGACAUUCACAUCUACCAUUUCCAGACGAAUCCCGAUCAAGUCGCAUUUGCCAAAGCCUUGUAUGAGCGCAUUCGACGCGAAUUCCCGGAACUCCGCAUCUACACUUUCUUCGACAGGCCCAUCGGCCCUCACCCGGUCGCCAUGUUCGAAGUCAACCUCUUCACGCCUGCGCAAUUCGGCGCCUUCAUCCCCUGGCUGGUGAUUAACCGGGGACCGCUCAGUGCGUUGGUCCACCCGAACACGGUGGAUGAGGAGGAAGAGCGGAAUCAUACGCAGCGGGCGACAUGGUUGGGGGAUCGGAUUCCGUUGGAUUUGAGGAUAUUCAAGGUCAUCAAGGAGAAGCAGAAGAAGGAGAAGGAGGAGGCGGAGAGAGCGAAGGCGGAGGGGAGGUUGUAGCUGCAUGUGGGGUUUCUAGUUAUUAGUCGAGGAGAGGAGGGGGGGUUUGUUGGAUUUGAGCGUUUCUUUUUGCCAUUAUGACGGUUUUUGAUUGAGACAUGAGUAUUUUGAUUUUUUUUUGGAAGGGUGUUAAAGAGGUGACCGGGGAAGAAAGGUGUUUUUGUACGGAGUAGAGGUAAACCUGUCGAAGGGUCGGAUAGCAAGGGCUGGUAUCAGGGCGAGCCUUUAUUGGCGGGCUGUAAUGCAGACGAACAUCAGCUCGGACAGCCACGGGGACGAUUAAUCGACAGUUCUGGUUCGAUUCUCGGGAAUGGGACGUGUCAAUGGCCUCGAUUGAGGUGAAGGUAAACAAUAAGAGCAAAUGAACUACUAAACCCUCCACUCCACU